AUGGCCGAAUUCGUGCGAGCACAGAUCUUCGGGACGACGUUCGAGAUCACGUCCAGGUACUCGGAUCUGCAGCCCGUGGGCAUGGGUGCUUUUGGUCUUGUCUGUUCCGCGAAAGAUCAACUUACGAACCAAAAUGUCGCCGUGAAGAAGAUUAUGAAGCCUUUCAGCACACCCGUCUUAGCCAAAAGGACGUAUCGAGAACUAAAGUUACUGAAACAUCUCAAACACGAAAAUGUUAUCUCGCUCAGCGACAUCUUCAUCUCCCCCCUCGAAGACAUUUACUUCGUAACAGAGCUCCUCGGAACAGACCUGCAUCGAUUGCUCACCUCGAGACCUCUAGAAAAACAAUUUAUCCAAUAUUUCCUCUACCAAAUCAUGCGGGGUCUUAAGUACGUGCAUUCCGCCGGCGUCGUCCACCGUGACCUCAAACCCAGCAAUAUCUUGGUCAACGAGAACUGUGAUUUGAAGAUUUGCGAUUUUGGCCUUGCUAGAAUCCAGGACCCCCAAAUGACAGGAUAUGUCUCGACGAGAUAUUACCGCGCUCCUGAGAUCAUGCUCACAUGGCAAAAAUACGAUGUGGAAGUCGAUAUCUGGAGCGCAGGGUGCAUCUUCGCUGAAAUGCUCGAGGGAAAGCCCCUAUUCCCCGGAAAGGAUCACGUCAAUCAAUUUUCCAUCAUCACCGAGCUUCUUGGCACACCUCCCGACGAUGUUAUUAACACGAUUGCCAGCGAGAAUACAUUGAGAUUCGUCAAGUCCUUACCAAAACGGGAACGACAGCCUCUCAAGAACAAGUUUAAGAAUGCUGAUCCAAGAGCUGUCGACCUACUCGAAAGUAUGCUUGUGUUCGAUCCUAUGAAGCGGGUCACCGCCACGGAGGCGCUAGCGCACGACUACAUUGCCCCCUAUCACGACCCUACCGAUGAGCCCGUUGCCGAGGAGAAAUUCGAUUGGAGUUUCAACGACGCUGAUCUACCUGUGGACACAUGGAAGAUCAUGAUGUACUCGGAGAUUCUUGAUUAUCACAAUCGGGAAUCCAGCGUGGCCGGAAUUGAGGAAUUCAACGGCCAGUAG